CUUCCGCCGCCCCGCGCAUCCCCGGCGGCCGCCGCUCGCCGCCUCCCGCGUUGCGGCUGCCCCUCGGCCCGGCGCAGGCGGCAGCGGCCGCGGGGAGACGCCGCCAGGAGCCCCCGCCGUGCUGCGGAGGGGGGACCGGGCGCGGGGCGAGGGCGGGCGGCGGCCCCCGGCGCGGGGCAGCGGAGGGGGGCGCGGCGGCCUGAGGGGAGGCGGUGUGAGGGGCCGGGGCCUCGGCGCGGUGCCGGUCCCCUGCCCCGGUAGAGAGGCCGGAGUGGAAGUGGGGCGUUUGGGGGCAGCCAGAGCCCUGUGGCCGCUCCCUCCUGACGCCUGGGGAGAGCGGGCGAGGGAAGGGCCGGGCUGGGCCGGGAGGAGGCCGGGUGCCGGCCGGCCUUGCGCUGGGCCCGGGCAGGCAGCGGAGGAGCCCCUCGCACCUGGCCAGCACCGAAAUCCUUCUCUUAGUUGGUGGGUCAGAUAUUGGGGCAAAUAGGUGCUUAGCCCUAAUAAGGGAUUAAAAGAUGUUUCAUGAAGCUCUGCGUUGGCUCCUUGAACUAAGGGGCCGUUCCCGGGCUUGCCCUGCUGCCUGCCUGACUGGUGUGAGGGCUUAGGCUGGUGAGGCUGAGCUGCUGAGGAAUGGAAGGGACGGAGAGCAGAAGCGGCACUUCCUCCUCUGUCGUCGCAGACUGGAGUUUAGUGUUUUGGACUCUGUGCUCUGUGCUCCUGCCGGUGCUGAUCACCUUGUGGUGCAGCUUCCAGCGGUCCCGGCGGCAGGUGUUGAUACGAGACAUCUUUCGCAAGAGCAAGCAUGACUGGCACUACACGGACCUCUUUGGCCAGCCUUCCUACUGCUGCGUCUGUGCUCAGCACAUCCUUCAGGGAGCUUUCUGCAACUGCUGUGGGCUGCGUGUCAGCGAAGGGUGCCUCAAGAAGGCUGACCAGCUUUUUCUCUGCAAGGAAAUUAUGAUGAGGAGCAAUGGCGGAGCCCAAACCUCUAUGCCACACCACUGGAUCAGAGGCAAUGUCCCACUCUGCAGCUGCUGUAUGAUAUGCAAACAGCAGUGCGGCACACAGCCCAAGCUCUGCGACUACAGAUGUGUGUGGUGUCAGUACACUGUGCAUGAUGAAUGCAUGAUGGAUUGUUUAAAGACUGAGGAGUGUACAUUUGGAGAAUUCAGAGACUUAAUUAUUCCACCAUACUAUUUGUCUACAAUCAACCAUAUGCGUAAAGACAAAAGAAGCAGUUAUGAAAAGGUAGUACCGUACUGCAGAAAACACUGGAUGCCAGUAAUCAUCCUGGCUAAUACUCGUAGUGGAAACAACAUGGGUGAAACUUUACUAGGAGAAUUUAAAAUUCUGCUGAACCCUGUUCAGGUCUUUGAUCUAAGCAAAAUUGCACCUGCUAAAGCACUCCAACUUUGUACCUUGCUGCCUUGCAACACUGUCAGGGUUCUUGUCUGUGGUGGGGAUGGCACAGUAGGCUGGGUCCUGGACGCAAUUGAUGAAAUGAAGAUAAAGGGGCAAGAACGCUAUAUUCCACAAGUUUCGAUUUUACCUCUGGGAACAGGUAAUGACCUGUCUAAUACACUGGGCUGGGGUGCAGGUUAUGCUGGAGAAGUCCCUGUAGAGCAAAUCUUACGAAAUGUCAUGGAGGCAGAUGGAAUCAAGCUAGACAGAUGGAAGGUACAAGUAACAAACAAAGGAUACUACAACUUAAGGAAACCAAAGGUAUUCACAAUGAACAACUACUUUUCUAUAGGACCUGAUGCUCUCAUGGCUUUAAAUUUUCAUGCUCAUCGUGAGAAGACUCCCUCUCUGUUUUCCAGCAGAAUUAUUAAUAAGGCUGUUUAUUUUUUUUAUGGAACCAAAGACUGCUUAGUACAAGAAUGUAAAGAUCUUAACAAGAAAGUUGAGCUAGAGUUGGAUGGUGAGAGGAUUGAGUUGCCCAAUUUGGAAGGCAUCAUUGUCCUGAAUAUUGGAUAUUGGGGAGGUGGCUGUAGGCUCUGGGAAGGAAUGGGUGAUGAACCUUACCCCUUGGCAAGACAUGAUGAUGGACUUCUGGAAGUUGUUGGCGUUCAUGGUUCUUUCCACUGUGCCCAGAUUCAGGUGAAACUAGCAAGUCCUGUUCGCCUAGGGCAGGCACAUACAGUGAGGCUGAUCUUGAAGAGUUCAAAGAUGCCGAUGCAGGUGGAUGGAGAGCCCUGGGCUCAGGGGCCCUGCACUGUUACCAUAACUCAUAAGACACAUGCACUGAUGUUGUAUCACUCGGGUGAACAAACAGAUGACGAUGCUUCCAGCGUGUCUGAGCAAGACCACGUGAGAGAACAGACGGACGAAGAUGUAUAGAUUUUGUUGAAUUUAACAUAAUACAGUGAUGAACUUCAGCUUACUUAAGACACUGAGUACGCCUAAUCUAGAUUAAGGUUUAUGCUGUAAUGUUCAUACUUGUGAAUGAGCUAGAGUUGAGGAAAAAGCCAUGCUUUCACAUUCAUGGAAACUUCCACAGCUGAAUUACCACAACUGUUUUGCCUUUUAGAUUGGUGGUGAUGCCCAGCCUUUCUAGCUGGAAGAGUUAGUUAUUCUAUUGGCAGGAAACAGACACGUACUGCAGCCCUUCCUUGCUAUGGAGUCAGAUCUUCUGCACAUGCACAGUAUAAUAUGCAGAAGGUUUGAUACCCUUGGAAAGGAGAACAACUGGGAGUUUGGCCUGCUUCCACCUGUCCUCUUCCCCGGAACAGUUCCAGAACAGAAAACCAGACCAAGUAGGAUGUGGGCUGAUUUUCUGACAACAGUCUGCUCCUGGCUGCCAUCUCUUCCUGGGAGCGAGGCAAAUACUUUUUGGUGCACCUACUCGUGCAGUGCAUGUCUAGUAGGCUUGACUGGGAGAAUGGAGGAUCUGGGAGCUCUGGGGAAGGUAGUUAGCAAGGAAAAUGCUUUUGGACCAAAGGUUUCUGGAAAAGUUCUGUUAGUGAUUGACCUUUUUCAGUGGCUUUGUAAGCCAUUGACAGAGUACUGAGGUCCUGAGUACCCAAGACAGAACUUGAAAAUAAUUGUACCAUGGCUUGCACUGAAUGAUCCUGUGACUGACUCUGCUUCAGUUCAGUGAGAGACUAAUUUUAGGUUUUGUAAAUAGCAAUGUCUUAGUUCUUGAGGAGACUUUUUGGAGGAAAACUUGGACAACAGAGCUGUCUUUUUUUUAGCUGUUUACAGGAGGGUUUUAAAGAAAUAAUGAUGAUUGACAAAUGCCUUGUCUUUAAAGGCUUGUUAAAGACCUUGCUUCAUAAUCACCUGAAAAUGAUCAAUAGCAAGUCAGUCUGUUAAGUCUCUAAGUGUGGAGGUUGAGAGCUAAGUUUGCAGAAGUUAGCAAGUUCUGGUGUUCAUGUGUAUAAAAUGAUUGUGGAAAAAAGCAUGGAAGCAUUUGCCUUCUGACUGGUUCUUAGGGUGUCAAAGAUACCUUGUUGGACCUGAAACUUCAUUUUCCAUGAAUAUAGGGCGAGGAAAAGGUUGGUGGUCUAUACUGAUAGUAAAGGUUAAGAAUACAUACAACAGUACAGGGAAACUCUGUUUGACAUAUCUGAAGCUUCUCAGGUUAAAAGCUUCUCAGGUGAAAACAUCUUCACGGUUAACAGAAGUAAAAAUCUACUUCCUUUUUUUUUUUUCUGUUGUAGGCAUUUUAAGUCUGCAGCAGGCAAGAGCUAUGAGUUGUUUAAAAUUUGUCAAAGUAAUUCAGUUAAGUCCAGUUGAGUUACUGAAGGCAAUCUUCCACUGGGAAGAGAAUUUAUGCUGAGUAUAUACUGCAUGAGCAAAGGUCAUAGGAGAAGUUGAGAGCUUUGGUCUGAACCCUGACUGUUGUUGCUUGUCAGAACUCUCCCAGUCUUUUUUUUUUUUCUUCCUUUUUUUCUCUAUGCUAACUGAAAGCGAUACCAUUGAGUAAAGUAGGCUAGGUUUUUAGUUUCUAGGUUUUGUAAAAUGAAACUGUUUUUCAACAAUCUAUAAAAUGAAGUUUGCAUUAACAGUGAAUGAACUAUUUAUAUUUUAAAAUAACUUAUUGAAACCUUGGCAAAGUCAGUAUUUUUAAAACCUUCGAUUGUAAUCCUCUUUGGAGAGCAUUUUUAACUUGAUGGUAUUCAUUGUAGAAAGCGUAUGUACUAGAUCUUAAGUACUACUGAUUAUCAAUGAAUUUAUAGCUGUCUGAAAAUGUGAUUGGAGUGUAAUGAAUUGUAAAGUGGAAUCCAUUUGUAAAUUCCAUAGUCAUUAGCCUUAUACACCUCAUCUUAAUUAUUUUAUCGUAUGUAUAGAGAACAAAUUAAUAGUUAAAUAUAUGUAAAAAGUGUUUAAAAUACCCAAAAGUAUACUGUUAGAUAAAUUCACUGCCCUUUUUUUGUUAUGAGGCUCAAUUUGUAUUAUUUUAAAAAAAUCUUACUAGUUUUUUUUUUUAAUAACUUGUAACCAUCAGCAUCCUAAAAAAUAGUUACAUUCUAUGCUACAGUUGCUACAUCCAACUCUUGUUUACAAACAAAUUACAAGUCUCUGGAAAAGCAGGGUAUGUGCUAUGAAAGGCAGUAUUUUCUCAAGAGAAACGACACCACUGGUUACUUCAUCUAAACUAUUCAUAAUACAGUUUAAAGAGUUGCUUGAAGUUCAUCAGAUUAUUAUUCAAAUUGUUUUAUAGCCUAGGAACCUUUAACUGUUCAAAAACUUCACUCUUUAAACUCCUGACAUCUAGAAAAAAAAAACAAUGGCUGCCAAGUCUUUGAGUGUCUCCCUUUUUUACAGCAGGUGAGCUGGCUUCUCCACUCGUGCUUUGCCUGAGUGGGUACCAGUGAUGUACUAUGCGCAGGCAAGAUCCUACCACUUCUGCAACUUGCUAGGAGUCCAGUCCUAAAUGUGUGAAAAAUCCUCUUUGCGAAAUGUAAAUCCAUUGUUCCCUCUGGAGAAACGAAGGAGAAUUAGAAGUGAAAAUAGCAGCUAAUUGGGUGCUUAUUUGGGACGACCUCUGGUAAAUGGUCUUGCUGGCAUUAGACAAAUCGUCCCCUUUUUGCGUGUGGAAGUGAAGUUUGUUUCACAUACUGACUGCUAGUGAUUGCAGCAAAUGAUAGGUAGCAAAGGUAGCCAUUGCAAGCAUGGGGGAGCCACUUGUAAAAUUGUACUUAUGAUAUGGAGAAUGUUCUGUGAGGGUGAAGUGUCCGGUUCCCAAUCAGACAUAGGGUCAUCCUUCCAUUGUAAUGAUAUGUAGCUCUCAUAUGCAUGACCAAAACAAGUUCUUUUUAAACAUACAGUGUUAGCGCUAGAAUCUGUUGGGAAGUCUUGCUGGUUCCAACAUGCUGUCCUUUGAUUUCAGUGUAUCCUCCUUUCCAGUAUGAUGCAAAUUGGGUUAAAGCCUGCUUUGAGUUACUUUUAUGGAACUGGUUUAAGUUUUAGUGCAACUGCAGACAGUAAAUGUCAGCAAUGGGCUCCCAGAUUCUAAUGCUAGCAUAAAUGAACUUUUCUAAUUUGUAAUGUAGCUGCUUAAUGUUUUCAUGUGUGUGUUGUGACUGUAAAACUGUUACAUGCUUGUUUAAUGUUGUAGGUGCAUAAAGCACCGAUACAAAUUGCUACUCGGUAGCUUUUCUGAAAACGGAUUGGAAACCUGAAAAUACUGCAGUACAUCCUCUGUCCGGAAGAGGGUACUGUGCAGCUGGUCUCAUCUGCACUGAAGAAUUUUCCCUUACCCUGUUAAUGAUUAACACUGGGAAAAUAAUGAAAGCGAUGUUUCAGAAACAUAAAUAACGAAUAGUUUCUUCUGGCAGUCUUCAUGCAAUAUACCUUUGUGUAAAAUGUACAGGGUGAAUAAUAACAUCAACUGUCAAGCACUCAAAAGUGAAUUCACAAAGUUGAUUGUUAAGUUUUAUUGCUGCAUACACUAGCUUAACUGAAGCUUGGUCAGAUUCUGAUAACUUUCUUUACUGUAGGUUCUCAAUCCUGUGACAGGCAAUACAAAAAACUUAAACUUGUAUGGAGACCCUUUCUGUGAGUCAGCUUCCUCUUUUGCUCAAACCUCACUUGUUUGCACACACAUUGAGAGGAUGUGUAAGCAUGUUUUUAUGUGCAUAGAACUCCUUGUCAUAGGCUUUGUUUUACUUUGUGUUUUAAAUUCAGCAAUUCAUAGCAGGGUUAAACUGUUUCCAAUGCCACCUCAAUUUUGGAUCUUUCUCCAUAUCUGGACUUCUUUAAAAGUUGUUUGAUGCUCAAACUUGCAUCCUUUGUCUUCAAAAACAGCUGAGGUGGAGGACAUUCACUUUGUUUGCUUUUUUUUCUAAGUAUGUCUCCUGGUGUUUAAAGCAGGUUAUGGCAGUAUUUGGAACAUUCUCUUAAGAGCACUUUGGAAUUAUUGAAGUUAUCAAAGAACAUAGUCUUGUGUUUUCUUUCUACUGCAAUGGCAGUAUUUCUGUUUCUAAUUAAUUUGGAAUUAUGUUCAAAUUUGAACAUUUUUCUCAGCACUCUUAUGAAUUGCAUUUCAUGUUCAUAAUAUAAAGACUGUAUAGCAUAAUUGAUGUAUUUGGUACUCUUUUUCUUUAUAUGUUCACUUUUGAUGUUGCCCCUUCAUAGUUCUCCCCCCCUUCCCCCCAGGUCUUGCUUUUCUUAGGCACUAAGUAACUCAAAACAUCAUUUACUUUAGUUAGAAGCUUUAAGUACUUGCUCUCAGAAAACAGACUUGAGUUUCUCCUGGUUGCAAAAGAAAAUGCUACCAUGUUUGAAAACACUUGGAGAAAAUCAUCUUGUUGAGGCAAUGCUUAUAGCAAGAGUAAGUUAGACAUUUCUUCUGUAUAACUUCAGCUGAUUCAGACUGAGAAUUUGUUUCCCCAUACAUUUUGUCUUGCUAGUGUGUACAACUACUCAGUAACUACUUUGUAAUUUAAUUACUCAUUUUUUGCUGGCUUACUUUGAGCUAAAAAUGUUGGUUGGGACAUUAGCAAAAAGCUCUGCUGAAAUCAGGACAGUGAGCUUCUCUUUUAUCCACUUUAUCCUUUAUGCCAGCUAGUGUGUCAGAAAAGAAAAUUGUAAUGGCUUCACACUUAUUCUUAGCCCAGUAACCAACCUGUUUGGCUUUCUCAGCCACCAUCACCGCACCUGGAAGAUAAUAGAAAGGUCACCAGAGGUUCCCAGUCCCCCUGACCUAUUUUGGAAGUACAGUUUUUGCUCUUUGCUGCUGGGGAGGAACAUCCCCAUUCUCCACAGAUUCUGAGAACUGAUAGUUAAAGGUUGUGGUUUGAGUUUGGCCAGUUCCUUCUGGUUCUGCAUUAUGUUGCACUGGAGCUCACAGCUUUUAUAGUGUAUGUUAUUGUGUCUCACUGGUUAAAAAAAAAAAACAAAGCACUGUACCUUAGCUGUGAACAGCAUAAAGGUAUCAAUGUUGUAAUACUUACUCUUUUUUUACUUGGCAACAAAGGAUUUUAGGUAGAGUACCACUGUAUCCUAGUUAGUUAAUCUAUGGGUAAGAGUAGGACUCUUAGAAAUCCUUGCAUGUGUUCUAACUGAAAAUCUUUUUUUGUUCUGUAUUUCAUACCAACUAGUAGCAGUUUUCUUCCUUUUGGGGAAAAAAAAAAAAAGAUUUGACCUUUCAGUUAGAAGUAAACUAGGAUGUCUUAGGAUGUAAAAAUAGUAGUACAUAGCUGUUCCUGUUGAAUGUGAACCACUUAUUUAAAAAUGCUCUGACUUUUUUUCUGAUAAAUGAUAGCUGCUUCUUGAACACAGGAGUGAGACAGUAGAGACCACUUGUUCAUUUAGCAAUUGAGUGUAUUGAGAGAAUUUACACAUUAUUUCAGCUUUGUUUAGGCCACCAUUUAAAAGCACGGUAUGAUCAAAAUUUCUUUAUCUCACUAAGAUCGUUGAAUACCUAGUUCAGGUUUUGGGCAUCUCAGGGAGAGACUUCUAGCUGGAGUAAAGCCACAUGCCUUGACUAAACCUAGUGAGGUUAUACUGACAUACAUUAGCUGAGGAUCCGGCCUUUAACUGUUCAAAAGUAUGAAUGUAUUCAAAAUUUUACUUUGUUUCCCAUUAUUACUGCCCUGUGUACUGUGCUGUAUGCUCUUAUUGCUGUAUGUAAUUCAUUUGUUGCAUUGUUUCAUUUGCACCUUGUUUGUAGAUUUCAGCAUAAAAGUAAUAAUUUGAUUUUUAAGAGUAAGUAGGAACUUAUGUUGUGAAUUUAUUGCAUUCUGUAUCUUCAAAGUUUACAUCCCUCAAAAGCCAUUUUGUCCGCUACCAACUUGUAAUCCUUAGAGUACCUCCAGCCAUCUUCUCUUUCUAGGAUUUUUAUAGUUAAACAGAAUGGAUUUUUAUUUUUGUAGCUUGUAACUUCAAUAUGUAUAGUAGUUAUUUCUAUUUAGUAAUUAGUGAUCGGAAUACUGUAAAAAUGUUACUUUUAAGAGCUGUAACUUUAAAUUAGUAAUAACUACUUACAAGAAAAUACCAGCAUGUUAAUGGUUUAAAAAAAAAAAUCAGUUAUUCUUUAGCUUGGAAAUACUGUGAUGCUGUGACUUGGGAUUUGUAUUGAAUGUGUUUCUGUAUAUAUUCUGAAGUUGCACUAAGUAGGUAAAAAAUGAACUUAAAAUGCAAGUAAUAGAUCACAAAAUAGAAUUAAUUUAUAACAUCUUAGGUUUUUUCAACCGAAAAAGGUGACAUUGGGGAUUCGGUAUUUUUUGGGGUUUCCCACAGAACAGUAAGGAAGGAGUGGUCAGUGUUCACAGAACAGUUGUUUCCUUGUGGUGCAGUUUGAGAUAUGUAUUAUUCAGUGCCCAAACAUAAGCAAAAGCCUCCUGCAGCAUUCCCACCCCUCUUCUCAGAAACCAAAAACUCAGAGCAAACCUGAAUGUUCACAGCUGGAAAGUAUAUGAGAUCUUACAUGCAAAGAAAUACAGCCAAGGUAAUAUUGAACCUCCAAUAUAAAUGUUUAAAGUCAAAAUUUGGUUGUUUUUUUUUUCUUGAUAUCCAGUGAUGCUUUCAAAUCCCAAAUCGUUUUUCCUUUGGGGUUUUUUUUUUUUGGGGGGGGGGAGGGAGGUGGAGGGUGUUGGUGGUUUGUUGUUUUGGGUUUUUUUUUUUUAAAGGCAGGCUGAAAUGAGAGGAUAAGGAGGUAUUACUGUAACACUCUUAGUCAUAAGAGCUGGGAAGUGUGUUCUUUAUUUGCUGUGUAGGCGUAGGAACUGUGAUAUUGUUACAGCUCAAAGUCUCUGCUUUGUUUGCACCCUCACUAGCUUCAUCCAGGAUUUCUGAAGUGGGUGAUAAUACCAUUGCCCUUGGUAAUUGUGACAUUUGCUCUAAUAAUUACAUGUAUUAUUUGAGUACUUGGGCCAGGUUCUGUCUGAAGUCCCAGAACUCCACCCAGGUGUGUGGUGGUACUGCACAUUAGCACAAGUGAAACUAAAGAAAACUUUUGUCUUCAGUCAGUUGUAUCAUGACCUCUCUCUUGUGACUGAAGCUCCCAGAAGGCUCUUUUGGAAACAUCUGCUCCAUAUUCUUCAUAUAAGUUUGUAAAUACAGAUUUUUUUCACAGCAUUGACUCUGUUACUGAAUUUCCUAAUGCAUCUUUUUGUUGUCUUGUUAUUUGUACUGUAUUUCUCUGUAGACUAAACUGUGUGGAUUAAAGUAUUUAAACUC